CUUUAGUGCUAAUAUUUACAAAUGCAAGAACCAAACUUGGGCAUGAUGGGAAGUGGAAGUGGGGGUGCACUUGGUGGUUUAAGCAGUGGAGAGAUGUCUGUGUCUUUAUCAGGUGAUCAGUCUCGCCAACUCAAGGCAGAAAUAGCUACACACCCUUUAUAUGAGCAGCUAUUAUCAGCUCACGUGUCUUGCCUUCGUGUAGCUACACCAAUUGAUCAAUUACCUCUUAUAGAUGCUCAGUUAUCACAAUCUCAUCAUCUUCUUAGGUCUUAUGCUUCACAGCACAGCCAACAUGGUCAUUCUCUUUCUCCCCAUGAAAGGCAAGACCUAGACAACUUCCUGGCACAGUAUUUGAUAAUAUUGUGUACUUUCAAAGACCAGCUUCAACAACAUGUCAGAGUGCACGCCGUUGAAGCUGUUAUGGCCUGCCGUGAAAUUGAGACCACCUUACAGGCUCUCACUGGUGUGACCCUAGGAGAAGGUACGGGUGCAACCAUGUCUGACGAUGAGGAUGACCUGCAAAUGGAUUUCUCUUUAGAUCAAUCAAGUGCUGAUGGGCAUGACAUGAUGGGAUUUGGCCCUCUGCUUCCUACAGAAUCUGAAAGGUCUUUGAUGGAGAGAGUUCGGCAGGAACUGAAGAUUGAAUUAAAGCAGGGCUUCAAAUCAAGAAUUGAAGAUGUCAGGGAGGAGAUAUUGAGAAAAAGAAGGGCUGGAAAACUACCGGGUGACACUACUUCAGUGCUGAAGAAUUGGUGGCAGCAACACUCCAAGUGGCCUUACCCAACUGAAGAUGACAAAGCAAAACUUGUGGAGGAGACAGGGUUACAGCUAAAGCAGAUUAACAAUUGGUUCAUCAACCAAAGGAAGAGGAACUGGCACAGCAACUCUCAAUCGGUGACAUCCUUGAAGUCCAAGCGCAAAAGGUAGACAAACCAAUCCAUCUUAUUUGUUUCAACUGAGGGAGGGGACUGCAAAGAGGGGUGUUCUUACUUUAUGUUGAUAUAGCUGUCACUGUAUCCUUUGGGUUGCAGUACUUUCUACUUGCUAACAACGAGGUACAGGUCAUGUAAUAGGUGGAGACCUAAUAUCUCUUACAUUUAAGGUUGUAUAUUCAUGUCAUUAACAGGAUGAAGAUUUUAUUCUCUAGAUCAUCUCUUUCUUGCCA